AUGGCGCAGCUUAUCAUCAACCGUGUCUUCAAACCCUCUGUCUGCAAAAACAUCCUCAGACACACAAACGUUCGUAUGUUCUCAUCUACAACUCACUUCUCAUCUACACCAGCCUACCCGUUUCUGUUGAUUGACCACAUCCUUAACAUCCAACACUCUUCUCUGGAUGGUCGUGUAACAACAGAAGACUUAUACAAAGAAAAGAAAGUCUGUAUUAACGACAAGAAACUCAUUGAGGAGGUCAGUCAUGCGAUGACUGUCGGAUUUUCACGUGAUGGAGUACGUACGUUCCUAUCUUUCCAACAAAGAUAAACUUGCAUCUCUUAUGAUAACCCUUCCGACCCCAAAAUAGAAAACGUGACUGUUUAUCUACCUUCUCUGCCCACCGGUUGCAAAAUCCAAAACGUAGCCAUGUCCUCUUUACCUGUCCGGGAUAAAGAUUGGGUAGUGGCUGUCAAGUUAUCAGGAUCUCGGUUGAGUCUUUGCAGGCCUUUUGGCAGCUCCAAAUGGAUCAACAUCGAAACCAAGUGCAUAAACCCUUUGUCGAGCCUCAUGUUCUCCAAGACAGAUGAAAGGUUCUACAUUCCAAGUGCUGGUGCAAGUAGCAACUACUUGUGCUACUUUGAUCUCGACUUUACGGAGGAUGACCAGCCAGACUUCAUCGAAAUGGAAUUUGACAAGCCUCCAGAGUGUGUGUACAAGGAGAUGGAGAAGGUGAAUUCAUGUUCCAUGACAGACCAUCUUGUGGAGUCACCCACCGGCCAACUUUUCCUCGUCAAGUGGUACUCUAAGGAAAUAGAGGACUUCGAAAACGAAACACUAAUGCCCCUAACAGAAAAGUUCAUGGUGGUUAAGGAAGGUGAGCAAUCGGACUAAUAUAACAAGACUAUGAUGUACACAGAAUAUAUUGGAGAUCUUUGUAUAUUUAUUGGACAUAGUGAGGCAUUUUGUGUCCCGGCUAGUGCUUCCUAUGGACUCAAUCCUAACUGCAUCUAUUUUGUUGGCCAUAACUUUGGUGUUUACGAUCUCGCCACUAAAACUUGCACUACCUUGUACACUGACGAUGAUGACGUUCCAUUAAGGAACUUGGACUUCCCUUACUGGCCUCCUCCUUAUUAA